UCAUUGAUCCGUUGAGGUCUGCCAACGAAAAGUUGAAAAAGAAAGUUGUGUUUUCAACAGCUGUGUGCGUUCUAAACAAGUAAACAAGAAACUAAAGUGCGAAUAUAGUACAAAUUUGCGAAAAAUUAGUCAAUAUUUGGCGAUGUAGUUGGCACAAGCCAAAGAGCUUGUUGUUUACAUUAUACGAAUUCAGAGCCGAACUUUUGUGUGAAAGUUGUUUGGACUCCUCGCAAUGGCUGAAAAUUCAACCAUAGCCGCAGAUGUCUACGGCGGCGAUUCCAGUUUACGUCCAAACAGGUCGCCACUUGAGGGAGAACUUGAAAGACUCGAAAAUGAUAUCAUUAAGGAUGAGUUGAACAACACCAAGAAGCAGUUAGAAAAGGUCAAUCUGGUAUCAAACAGCGAACGAGAAAACCUUAAUCUAAAAGACCAACUCUACGACGCAAUGAAGAGUAAAGAAAGCUCAGAAGCUGAGAUAAAAGCGCUGAAAGUYCAGCUAAAGAUGGCCGAGGAAGCGCGAGACGGUGCCAGGAGAGAUCUUAUUGACGCACACCGUAAGAUACGCGAGGCUGAAGAAAUUAAAGAARCGUCGAGGAAAGAAAAUUUGUCUCUGAGAAGACAAGUGAAGGACGAGGAAAUGGAGAAAUACUCGCUGGAGAAGAUCGUGGAGAACUUGAAAGAAAAGGUAAAGCAAGCUGAAAACGAUAGAAUCGAAACAAAAAGAGUCCUYGAUGAAACAGAGAGCAAAUACCGAGUGUGUGACGAGUCACGCUUAUCCUUAUCCAAUGAGAUUGAAGACAUGAGGUCGAGGUUUCAUGAAGUGGAGACUGAGCGUAACGAAAUCCGCCGAGAGUUACAAGAAGCGUUACGUCARGUGAAACUACUGAGCUCAGAAUGUCUACAAGGAAAAAGAGAUGUAACUGAUUUAAGAGAGAGACUAGCGGAAGAGGAAGCGAGGAGAGAAGAGAUGAGAUACGAAGCAUAUGCUAUCAAACAAAGCAUCAUGCARCUUGAAGCUGACAAAGAGUACAACAAGCAAGAUCUGGCAAAAUCGCAGCGAAGGACGAAAGAAAUGGAGGAUAAAUUCGCUUCAAAAGAAAAAGAUUACAUCGCGCAAAUAAACGAGCUCAAACAGUUCGAAGAAAAAGCCAAGAAGAGGAUGCGCGACUUGGAGGAAAAUCUGGAAAAGACGACGUUUGAGAGAGAAAACUAUAAGGCACAGCUAUCAGGAAGUGACGGUCGAAUCACCGCACUAGAGACUCAGAUUGGAAGACUAGAAGGACUGAAACUCGACUCUGAAUACAAGUUGAAUAGUUUGUAUUCCAUUUUGAGACGCACGCUUGGAAUAAGAUCUCAAGCACAGUCACCAGCGAGCCCAAAGAAAGCUARAAUGUCGUUCAGUCGAAGUAGACAGCAGAGAGAAUUGUCUUCCUCUUCUGAAGAAUCAAUGGACGAGAUAGACACCGACUACAUCAAAACAGCUCUCAAUGACUUACUACAGAAUCUACGAGAAGCAGAAAGAAGAGGCGACGAAGCAGUUGCAAAAGUCGAAACUCUCCAGCGAUUAGUGACAGACAUGGAGGAAGACCGUGCCGCGGCCAGUAGUAGAAUGAAGGACCUGCACGGAGAGGUUAAUACAUUGAAGGAACAGAAGAGACAGUUUGAAGAUCAUUUUAGCUCCUCACAGGAUUCGCUGUCUCUUAAGGAAGAAGCAAUGCAAAAACUAGAGCGUGAUAUCAUCGCUACCACAGAAAAACUCCAAAUGCUCGAAAGCACGCUUUCGCUGUCAGAAAACGAGCGCAAGGUAUUACAAGACAAGAUCCGGGACCUUCAGGACAUGGAAUCGAGGUUACGUGAUGGUAAUAAUACCUUACGUAACGAGAUCGAGGCUGCAUCCGGUUUACGUGCCAAAUUAGAGCUGAAGAUAACUGCACUUAAUGGUGAGCUGCAGAGAAUGAAGAAAGUCUGUGAUGAUACUGUUGCAGAAAAUAGAGAAAUACGAGAGAGAUUGUCAGUGACGAUGAGAGAUAAACAGGAAGUAGAAAACAACGUCGUUAACCUGGAACUGGCUGUUGAAAAGCUAACCUCAUCAUUAUCAAGAGCCGAGGAGGAAGAAUCAAGGCUGAAAGAUAAAAUCCAAUCUCUCUCUGUUUCUUUAGCAGACAGCAACAGCAGCUCUCAGAACUUACAGGACCGAAUCUUCCAACUCCAACGUCUAUUAGACUCUAACGAAAACGAAAAGAAAAUAAAAGACGAAAAAAUCGCCAAAAUGAAAGAAAAUUUAAAAGAAAGCAGAAACGAAACUCGAAUGUUACAGGAGAAGAGUAUUUUCUACGARCGCGCUGGGGAGGAUUCCGCGCUUCGCAUUGGCGACUUCGAGAACCAGUUAAAGCAUAUGAAAGGAGUUCUACAACAACGACAGCAGAGGGAAGAAGAGUUUCUUCUACGUUUACGAGAAUUCGAAGAAGAAAACACAGCUUUAAAAGAACAAAAUAACACUUUAAUCAGAAACAAUUCCUCGUUUGAAGACGAAAAACGAGACUUAGAAAGGUCUAAUGUACGAGUAGCGAAGGAUGUUGCUGCGCUCAAAAGGACAAUGGAACGGCUACAGAAGGARAGGCUAAGUUUUGAAGAGUCUCUCUACGAGACGUCACAAGAAAAGAGUAAAAUAAACAAAACGUUAGAAGAUACGCAGAUAGAGAAUCAACAGCUGAGGGGGGAGUUACAAACGCUGCAAAUGAUAGUGCAGGAGAUGGAAGAGAAGCACACGCAAAGCCUGGCGGAAGUUGCCAGUCGCCAUCGAGAGCAGUUGGUUCACGACGUUUCCAAAGCACACGCUGUUGUGGAGAAAGCCCAGCGCUCUUCCGAGAAAAAGGAAAAGAGAUGGAAAGAUAAGAAUGAACAUUUGGAAAAACAGGUUGCAAAUCUAGAAAAACAGGUAUCUGGUUUGAAACUAGAAUUAAAGGAAGAGAGAGGCGAAAAAGAGUGGCAUAUGAACAAAGCCGCUCUGAAAACAGAAGAACUUCGUGAAGUACGAACUUCACUCGAUAAAUCACUUCGURCCGUCGGAGAAGAUGCGAGCAAUUUACGAAGCAUGCUUGGUAAAUCCCUUCGCAAAAUCGAUAAGUAUUCGUCAGCCUCUCGGAAAGGUCAGUCCCCUUCGCAGUCGACUACAGAAGUAGAUACCGAACAGUCGAACCCAGAGGAGGAAAUUCUUCAAUUGAAUGGAGACAAUUCGCCGAAAAUUACUCAAUCGGCAAAGAAUCAUCCUAAAUCAGCUUCGGGAAGUAUUAGAAGUCGGAGAUCACUCGGUAAGUCUCCGGAAAAAGCGAAACGUUUGAAUGGAAACGACCUGGUCGUGACGAACGGUUAUGYCGAAGACCAUUCGCCAACACGUCGGAAUAGAAGAGUAAGAAAGUCCCUUAAUAAUCGAGAAUAAUCAAGCCAAAGGAAUAUAURAAUUAAUUAUGUGCAGUGGAAAAAGAAUCGCUUUCUCCUCGCUCCAAAUAAGGGUAACGUUACCAUAUUUGGUGUGUGAAAUGUAUGGCAAAAACGCCCGCUAGAUAUAACGCGCGCUUUUCCAAAUGAUAAUGAUGAUUACGACUGGAAUAAGCCAGUAUUAUUGAKCGCUGUCGAAAAAACUAAGUUAACUAUUGUGUGUGCUGUGUGAGAACAAAUUAUUGUAAUGUAUAUUUUAAGAAAAAUUUUAAGCGUUAGCAUUGCAUUGCAUUGUCGAAAUAGACGCCAUCUUGGAUAUAUGUCGCCUAAAACAGUCCCACAAUACACUGCAAAGCAAACUGUGGUCYCGCUUCCUCAAUCGGGGUUUUGGGAAGGGAUUUGAAUUUUUCAAAAACUCAGAAGUGUACAUUGUAUUGAUGAAUACUCAGGCGCUCAUCUAUGUCCUGUUGGCAUGUGUAUGUUCUGUUGGUCAGACCACCAACCAGUGUAGCACAGAGAAGAAUGCAUACCAUAUAUAUACCCGUGAAAAACUUUGUAAAAAAUUGCACAAAUCUGCACAAAUGAGUAAGUUAAUUAGACCUCAGUAGACCCUAGACCUAUAAAACUUUGUACUAAUUUGUAUGAUUCUGUUAAAUUUUUUUUCACAGAUAUAUUUUUAUUUAUUUAUUCUUUACUUAUUUUUGCCAUUAUAAGUUUGUAUUUUGUUUUUAUCAAAUUCUCUUCUACUCACGUGGUUGUAAAGCUAAUAAAUAAAUAGAUAUGUGACAGAUAUAUUACCCCUUGUACUAUACAAGCAGAAUAAUUAUGUAAAGAAGUGUUUGUAUUUAUCAACAAAAUGAAAAACAAUAAACUUAGGCUACGUGCGUACACGGUACCGGACGA